GACGGCAGCGAAGGGCUCAGUCUGCCAAACAUAAAUGUUGAGCGUCUGCGCAAAGUGGUGUUCUACAACGUCGAAGAGACCGAACUGUCAGUGGACAACACACCCAACAUCAACGAGAUAUGGCUGUGGGUGCAGCACUGGUUCUCAGUCACCGGCUCACGGAGAGUGUGGAAGCACACAACGGACUACGGCAAAACGUUCUACUGCAAAUUGGGGCCCAAGAAGAAAGGCAAACAGUAUCAAUCCGCUGUUCCCGUGGAACGGCAGAGAGUGG